CCCGACGCUCGCCAUCAACCGCAUCUUCACGAUGGCUCUAGGAAACACAGCGACACAUGAUUGGCUCACGGAUUGGCAGAAGAUCGUGGCAACGCCCGAUCUGGAUUUGCCAUUUCCACCGGGAAUUCUACAACCGGUCAUGCGCUGCUUUGAGCCUUGCGCUUGGUGAUCGCGAGCUGUACAACACCUUCGCUGAAAUCAUCAACAAGGCGAGGAAGAUCAUCAAGACAAACAAAGCGGCUGCACACAAGAAGUCAACGUGGCAACCAACCUAUGUGGAGAAGGUGAGAACUGGUCCGCGGCCACAGCAUGUCGCUGCAGUCCAAACGGACAACAUUGUGGAAGACCUGGCAGCCACCCAAGCAUCACGUGAGGGAGAUCAGGUGGUUGUUGUCCAGCCGCGAAGCAACAACAAGUCCCGAGGAAACGGGAAGGCGAAAACCGCAUCGCCGGCCGAAAACGGACAGCCAGCACCAUGGGUCAAGUUUCACUUGACCGAGGCGGAAUACAAGUGGCGCGGCCACUACGGCUGCUGCUAUUGGUGCAACAGCACCAAGCACAAGACCUGCCAAUGCCCGGAUCAAGGCAAGGAGGAUGUUCGGCCUCGUAUCAACUCGGGAAACCGAGUUCCACAGGAGUUCUUCUCCAAGCUUGACCUCAAGUCGGGAUAUCACCAACUCGAGAUUCGGCAGGAGGACCACUACAAGACCACGUUUAAGACGCGAUAUGGGCAUUUCAAAUGGUUGGUUAUGCCAUUUGGCCUUACGAAUGCCCCGACCACUUUCCAAGCGGCUAUAACACUGGAGUUCCGACACAUGCUGGAUCGAUUCGUACUUAUCUACCUCGACGACAUCCUGGUGUACGACCGGAGUUUGGACGAGCAUGUGGAAUACUUGCGCACCGUUUUGGAGCGGCUACGACAAGCCAAGUACAAAGCUAACCGCGACAAAUGCGAAUUCGCGCGGCAGGAGCUGGAGUACUUGGGACAUUAUGUGACGCCGCAAGGCAACCGUCCGCUUGCGGACAAGAUCGAGGCCCUCUGCUUAAUGAAAGCCGGUGUAUGUGACAGGCUAGUAUUUGAUGCAGAUGGCAGUGAUGAGGAGCGCAAGAGCAGCAACCAGCACUCAGUAAGGAUUGAAGAGCUUGAAAAUGAAGCUGUUGAUGCCAAGUCAAAAUUGGAGAGGAAAGUUGCGCAAGAAGUGGCCAAUGUGGAGCUUAAAUGCAAGAGGACACUUGAAGAAGUAAGAGAACAGCUUCAGGCAAACAAGAGAGUUCAUGCAGACAGGGUUAACCAUCUGGAGGUGGAGAUGAAGAGCGUGAGGGCAGAAAGGGCAGCACUGGCAGAGAAGCUGGAGGCUGAGGAAAAGAGUGUGAAGGAAGAAAGGGCUGCGCUUACAGAAAAACUGGAAAGGUCGAUGCAGACGAUUCAGAAGUUUGACUGUGAGAGAGCAGCUAUGUUAGAGAAAUUAGAGAGGUCUGAGGAAAGGAUCAAGGAGCUGGAGCAAAAGCUAGACAAAGAGUUUGCUGCUCAGAAGAAGUUGCUGCGGGAAUAUUCCUUCAAGGAACUUCAGGAUGCAACAAACAACUUUAAUGAGGACAACCGCAAGUGUGACACUGACAAUUAUCAUGAUCAAGCUUGUGCUUACGAGGGCAAACUACCUGAUGGCACUGUUGUUAUGGUACUGACGCUUGGGGCCUCAGGCAUGUGGCACAUUCAAGCGGCGGAGUUUAAGACUGAGGUUGUGGAUGUUUUAAGGAUGCUACAACACCCCCAUUUAUUUACCCCUUUGGGAGUCUGCUAUGAAGAGAAUUGCCUGGUGUACGAGCACAUGCCCAGAGGAAGUGUCCGGGAAUGGAUUGAAGCUGGGCACAAUCCCACAAGAGGCUUUCUGCCGUGGAAUUUUCGCUUUCGAAUAAUGGCACAGGUUGCUAGAGCAGUGCAUUUCCUCCAUACUUUUUAUUCCAGUCGAUCCGCAGCUGGUGGUCCCAUCAUCCACUGUGCCAUCAAGCCUGCAAAUAUCCUUCUCGAUGACAACCUCGUCGCCAAGGUCGGCCAUCUGGACCAAAGCCCUGCUCAUCCCAGAAUGCGUCAAGAGAGCCCAAGGAUCCGGUUCCAAUUCCUACAAGGUAACGCGCAGUACGUGGCCCCAGAAUUAUGGCGGUCGAGGGUUUUCGAUGAGAAGACCGAUGUCUAUGCACUUGGUAUCACUCUCUUGGAGAUCCUGACCGGAAAGUUUUGGAAAGCAUUAGCAACAGUUCAGGAAGCCUUUGAAGGCAAAGUAGCUCUUAACAGUGUCUUGGAUGCCAAUGCCGGCAGUUGGAAUGCUGAUCUGGCUUGGGAAGUUGCAAAGUUGGGGUUAUGCUGUGCCAGCUUGGAAGGACGUGAUCGACACAACAUGAUGAUGGAAGAUGGUGUGGGCAUUCUUUCUGUUCUGGAGGCAGUUGCUCACAAGGUGGAGCUCACAGAGGCAAUGGAGGGUGGAUAGGAGAGUGUCUGCUCAUUGUGGUGAUGGACAGUCUUUCAGACUAGAUGCCAAUACGGGCAGCUGAGAUGUUGAUCUGGCUUCUGAAAUUACAAAACAUUGGGGUUAAAGUGCGCCAGCUCGGAGAGACAUGWUCGACCCAGCAUGAUGGAGGAUGCUAAGAGAGACAAUGUUGCUUUACAAAGA